CCUCCCCCAUCUCAGCGAUCCAGUCACUCCUCUGUGACUUCGUCUCCGGCAGGCAGGCAGCUGAGAGGUGUCUGCUGCACGUUCCCCUCAGGGCUGCUGCAGGAACACGCUGAAGAACAGGGGAGGGGACGGUCCGCACAGCUUUCUACCGAGUUGAGGACAAACACGCAGCCGAAAGACUCUGCUCCAACUACUCCACUUAAAUGAGGAUGACUGGACAUGCUGGGCAGCUUUCACUGAAGGAAAGUUCACCUAAAGGACUUUGGAUGCCAAUAAAAGGUAUAUUGUGGAGGCCUUCUACACUUCUCUUUUGUGGAUUUCGUUAUAAAGCAAACCAACUGGGCUUUCAACAUUUGUUGUGAUGACUGAACCGACGAGCUGAAGGCGAGAGACUUUCACCGUUUCCCAGCAGAUGUUUUAAUCCGAUCUAAAGAUGGACAAAUCAAAUAACUCGUGUGAUAAAAGUGAUGACUUCAAGUACCCUCUGUACAGCGCCGUUUUCAGCCUGGUGUUUGUUGUUGGACUUUUAUUCAACGUGGUGGCAGUUUAUAUUUUCGGCUGCACGCUGAAGCUGAGGAACGAGACCACGACAUACAUGAUAAACCUCGUCGCCUCAGACCUGCUCUUCGUCUGUAGUCUGCCUUUUCGGAUCGUGUACUUCAUUAAGCGCGACUGGAUGUUUGGGAGCGUGCUCUGCAAGAUCUCCGUGGCCCUCUUCUACACCAACAUGUACGGCAGCAUUCUCUUCCUCACCUGCAUCAGCGUCGACCGCUUUCUGGCCAUCGUGCAUCCGUUCCGCUCCCAGAUCAUCCGGACAAAGAGGAAUGCAAAGCUAGCCUGCCUGACGGUGUGGGUGAUGAUCCUCUCUGGAAGUAUACCCACAGGAUUCCUGCUGGACACCACCUCACCAAACAACACCAACUCCUCCUCAAACUUCUGCUUUGAGAACUACUCCAAAAAACAGUGGAAGUCCGAGUUGUCCAAAGUGGUGGUGUUCAUCGAGACUGUGGGGUUCAUCCUGCCACUUCUGAUCAAUGUUUUCUGCUCGAUUAUGGUGCUAUGGACGCUGAGAAGACCCCAAACCAUCAGCCGUGGGGGGAGCCUCAAAAAGGCAAAGGUGUUACGGAUGAUCAUCGUGCAUCUCCUCAUCUUCUGUUUCUGCUUCAUUCCAUACAAUGUCAAUCUCAUCUUCUACGCCAUGGUUCGCUCUAACGUCCUACGGGGAUGUCAUAUAGAGGAUGUGGUCAGGACGAUCUACCCCAUCGCUCUCUGCAUAGCGGUUACCAACUGCUGCUUUGAUCCAGUCAUCUACUACUUCACCUCAGAGACGAUUCAGAGCUCCAUCAAACGAAAGACUACGGUGUGGUACAACGGCGCCAAACUAUUUGACAGACUACAGGGAGACAGCUCGCAAAGCAGCCCCAAUGUAUCAAAAAAGAACCUCAUGCUGAGGUCGCAGAAACUUAGAAUGAAUGAGUCAACAAUCUGAUGACGACCCUAUUGUGUGGCCCGAUAAAUAAUUCAAAGUGAGCUUCUCCGGAAACUUGUUUGAAUGAAAAGAGAGUUGAAAGCAGUUGUUUAGAUAUGCAAACAACGUGGUUACUAAGGAGCAACUCCCAAAUACUGGACGCCACUGAGACUUUGGGCUGAGACUGAAGACGGAGGAAAUAAGUGUGUAGCAACAUAAACACCUUUAUCAAGUUAUAAAACUCUUCACUCAGUGGAGAUAUGGAUAUAUAAUGUUCGUUAGCAAAAUCACGUUAUGCUAUAGAUGUUUUUCAGCUUUUGCACAGAGGACUUUGUAAUUAGAGCAAACACUCCCUCGGCAACUGUGAACCAGUAUUACAGCUUGUUUUUUUGUUUCAAUGUGCAGUAGUUUACUGUCCAGGACUUUCGUAAAAUGAAUAAAAUGAUAGAUUCUUUUAAGGUCUGAGUAUUCAAUUCACGUUAAGUCUGAGUGAAUGGAGCGUUGGGGAUUAUCUGGCACCAACACAGCCGUUGUGGCCCGGCCUUUUCCACUGAAGGCACUUUAGUCCUUUAUUUAAACUGAUUAGUCAUACAAGAACCAACACUAUAGAUGCAAGCACUGUCUUUGUGUGUUGCCAGGCUGCAUCUAAAUGCAUUGCUGUCAGGGGGUUUAAAAAAACUAAAUAAAUGGACCUCACAAUGCAAAUUGAAAGCGGUGACACUUUAAUGCAUGUGGAAUAUUCUAUCCUUCCAAUAAAAGUUUUGCACUGCAAGACCGAGCAUUCCUGCAUUCCUGUUGCAAGGUUGAGCCCAGAGGGCUGUGCUGACAAGGCCAGACUCAUCGCUGCCACUAACAGAGAAACCACUGGAGGCGAGCGAGAACAUGCCUCUCGAGAGGGAGAAAACUUUCACAAACCCAGAGUAGAGGUGAACGGUGCAGACAUCACCGAUGUAUGGGGUAUUCAUCUAUUAUGGGGCUGUAGUGGGUCAGGGCUCAGUGGGGGGGAGUGUUACUUCUCCAGUCCCCCCCAACAUGAUGUGUGUGAGGACCCCCCAGCAAUGCCUCACUGGGAUACGGUUUUAGAAACUCAGCCCUGGUGUAUCUAGAGAGCACAUACACGUGUGAUUGUGAAACAGGGUAAUGAGAAACAAACUUUUAAGUGCUUUAUAAAACCUAGAAAAAGAUUUUUUUAAAAAAGGUGCUAAUGAAUUCCAUCCUAAUAACAGCUAACUUUUAAGGUUUAAACUGAGAAAACUGAGAGAGAAUGGAGAUGAAAUGCUACUACAUGUUUACAAAUGCCAUAAAAACUUGACUGACUGAAAAUAAAAAGUUGUAUCAAUAGAAAAGCUUAUAGAAUUAGAUUAUUAGCACACUGACUGCUAAAUGUGUUUAAAGUAAAGUUAUAUUGUGGAAAGAGAAAAUACAUGAUGGGGUUUUUCCGGCGCUCAGAUCUACGCAGUCACCAGAGAGCGCCCAUCCCAACGCUGCCUGACUUACAAAACAACUGUUUUAUGAUUACAGCCCUUUCUGUUGGUGGGAGUUACUGCUGUUGGAAAUGUGGUUAAUAAUCAACCUCAAUCAUUUGUAUGAGUUUUGGUCUUUUGUUGUAAAUAUGACUUGGCCAUAAAGAUAAUAAAAUAACCUUGACCUAAUUGCAGGACUGAUCAGAUCACUGCCCGACAACUUUCGGUCAGAGAUAACGUGCCAAACAUCAGAGCUUAAGAUUUAUUUCUAGGAAACAAUAAACAACAACGGUGU